UCUACAACAGGCAAAGACCGCAUGAUCGUCACUGUGCUCAGUGUUGCAAUGUGAAGCUUGACGGAAGGUCACACACACACACACACUCGUGUACUGGUACAGAAUUUAAGAAGACGCUGUAGGUGAAAGCAUAGGACUGGAUUGUAGAUAGGAUACCAGACUUUAAAUUGCAAGGAAAAAGGAUCUUGUUGAAGCCUCCCAAAAGGAAACUGCUGGGUUUUAGUGGGAGGGAGCAGGGAAUGGUGGAUCACUUGCUUACCAGAGAAGAGACCUCCCUGCCUUUCUCUUGUUCCCCACCAGGCUACAGCCACUUAGCUAUGGUUACAGACGAGGGUGUCUAUCACAUGCUGCCCUCGCCCUUCUCCGAGGACGACCAGAGCGACACCUCCAGCCUGCGCUCCUGCUCCAGCCCCGAGUCCCAGGUGCUGGGGUCCAGCUACGGCAGCAGCAGCAGCAGCGGUGAGAGCCAGGAUGGGCUCCUGGACUUCCUGCUCUCGCAGGCCACGCUGAGCAGAACCUCCUCUUCCGCCACCAGCGCCCCCAGCACGGUCCCUCCCCUUCUGCCCAUGGGGCUCGCCUGGGAGUCACGGCGGGAGCGGACGGCCAAAGAGGAGACUUCCGACUUCCCGGCGUUCCCGGCGGAUCUGGAGGACCAUGCCCGGUUGCUGUUUCAGCCCACGCUGGAGGAGAUUGAGGAGUUUCUGGAGGAGAACAUGGAGGUGGUCGCUCUCAAGCAGGAGGCCAGCGAUGAGACUUUGCUGGAGGGUAUAGAACACAUCUUUGGGUGUGAGGCUUUUGCACAGAACCCAGACCAAACUGUUUCCACCAGUGUUGAUAUGGUCACUGUUGACACUGAGAGUGAGAAUGCAGAGCUCAUGACGGGCUCCCCCGUGAGUGCUGCAUCGGGUGUUAAAAAGGAGGAUUCCUCCAGCAAGUCAGCAGUGUCGGAUGGGACAAGUGUACCGGUCAUUUUACAAAUACAGCCCAUCCAGAUCAAACAGGAGCAGAGCCCGAAUGGAUCUCCGGCACCACAGCCCACCCCGUCAGCCUCGGACAUCAAAAUUGCCCAACUCCUGGUCAACAUCCAGGGUCAGACUUUCGCACUGGUUCCUCAGGUGGCACCGCCAGCUAAUCGUAACGGCUCUUCCUCAAAGUUUGUCCGCAUUGCCCCUGUUCCCAUCGCAGCCAAGCCCAUGGGUUUAGGAGAGGGAGGCAUUGCUGGUUCCCAGGGCACGGGCCUCCUAGUUGGGGAGAAGUUCCAGAAAAGCUCUGUGGCAGACCUCAUCAAAAUGCACAAAUGCACCUUCCCAGGCUGUGCCAAGAUGUACACCAAAAGCAGCCAUUUGAAGGCACACCUCCGGAGGCACACAGGAGAGAAGCCCUUCGCCUGCACCUGGCCUGGAUGUGGCUGGAGGUUCUCAAGGUCAGACGAGCUCUCGCGACACCGACGCUCGCACUCAGGAGUCAAGCCAUACCAGUGUUCCGUCUGUGAGAAGAAGUUUGCCCGCAGCGAUCACCUGUCCAAACACAUCAAAGUCCAUCGCUUUCCACGAAGCAGCAGGACAGUGCGCUCUGCAAACUGACCUCAGACAACCCCCUUGGCUUGGACUGGGGCCCAG